GAGAAAUUUGGCUUUUGCACCUGGGUACUUAAAGUUAGGUUUGGCAUCCUGGAUCAGGGUCUUCAGGGUCGCCGAUCUCACGGAUUGUGAUCUAUCCGCAACUCAGUCCCAUCCACGCCACUCAUCGACGUCAGAGAAUUUCCCAUCUUUGGUGACUGGAUCAUCAUAGAAGAAGCUUUUUGAAGUUUAUAUAAGGACCAAGAAUCAGGCAUUCUUGAAACAUAUUCCCAACUGUCACGCCACAGAAACACACAAUCUUAUACUAAGAAUCUUCAACUAUCCGACAAAAUGCAUUUAUCUACUCUUUACCUCCACUCUUCCCUUCUCCUUGUUUCAUCGUUUCUUUCAACGGUGAUUGCAGCACCUUCCAACAAUCUACUGGACGCUGACAUCUCUGUCGAUGGCUUUGGCCUUCAAGAUGAGAGAGGAGACUCUGAUGGUGUUUCCGCAAAGGCCAAAGUCAGCGCUGAGAACGACUACAAGGUCCCCAGUGACUACAACAAGCCUCGUGUCCUAGAAGCCAAUAUUGACGUCACUCGCCUGGGCCUCGAUCCCGUCAUCUUUUAUCCCGAUAACGAUGAUGAGGAUACAGAGGUUGACGACACCGAUGAAGAGAAGCGUAGCAUCUUUGCAAGGCUCUUCACUCGGGCUUUGAGUUCUGAUAAGCAGGAGGCUCUGCGUCUUCACAAUGUCGCUCGCUCAAAUGUCAAGGUCAAGGCCAUCGUGUGGGAUUCCAAGCUUGAGUCAGCUGCUACAGCUUAUGCUAAGAAGCUGGUCAAGGCUGGUAAGAUGCAGCACUCUGCAGGAAAGGACCGUCCCAACCAGGGUGAGAAUCUUGCAUAUGCUUGGGCAAGCAACGGCUUCAAGAACCCUAUCACUGCUGGUGCUCAGGGAUGGCUGAACGAGAAGAAGUACUACAAGGGAGAGACUAUCCCCAAGGGUAACUUCUCAAAAUAUGGCCACUACACUCAAUGUGUCUGGAAGAGCUCAACAAAGAUCGGCAUUGGCGCCGCCAAGGACUCCAAGGGCGCAUGGUACACUGUUGCUCGAUAUUCAGGACCCGGCAAUAUUGUCGGCCAGAAGCCUUACUGAGGCAUAAAAGAUUGAACCAAAAGGAGAUUGCUGAAUGAAAGAUCUGCCUGGGGCAGUUGAGAAGGAACAAGAUGGAUGUUUCUAGCGAGCGCUGACCUGAUACCUUCUUUGAUUCAUGCCUUUUCGUCGAAAGUGGCUAUAUGUAUUACUACUAGAAUACCUCACAUUCGCUUACGUGUUACGAAUUAUGUUAAACAAAUUGAUUUGUUAAACCAG